CCUCGCGACCAAACGCACCUCCUCUCCUGCUGGUGACUCGCUCUUAUCGUACGCGUAUAUACGCGUACGUACGUUCAUCGGGCCGAGGUUACGAGGUAUACGAGAUACGAAAUUACGUAUACGAGAUUCGAGCGCGAGUGCAAAAAAGAAAAAAAGAAAGGAGUACAGAUCGGUGUCGUGGAUGACAAUAAAUACACAUAAUAAUAAUACGUAGUCGAGUGAGUGCAUGUGUGCGUGUGUGUGUGUGCGAGUGCGUGCGCGGUUGGACACGAGUUUCAGAUAUAUGCAUGGAUAUAUGCAGAGAGAAAAGAGCAGCAGCAGAAGCAGCAGCAGUAGCGAUGUAUAAGAAGAGCCACACAGGCAGCCGGACCGAACUCGCACCCUAACUACUUGCUCUCUCUGUCUCCGGCAAAAUUGUAUAUACGGCAGCACUACGCAACGUACGAAGAAAAAAUACGCAGCUCUCUCCGUCUGACGCGUAUCGUUACAUUUUAACAAUAACAACGCACGCGUACAAGGGAGAAAACAUCCGAAACGCAGAGCAAGACUUUUACGUGUAGCCGCGCGUUUCUCUAUAGCUCCCUUUACACCCUCCUCCAACUCCCCGCGCGCGCACUAUAGUCGUAUAGUCCGGUUGGUAGCAGCCUCGUUCCUCCUCUCGACGUCGUCGUCGGCGGAGGCAGCUGUGUCGGUGUGCGUGCCCUCUCAACGGUGCAACCUUCGUGUCUGUGUCUGUGUAUGUGCAACUCUCUCUGUGCGUGCGUGCUCGCGCUCCUGCACUCCGUAUGCGGAUGUGUGCGUGCGCGUUGUGUAUAUAGUAUAUAAAGCGGCGGCGAUAGCUAUAUAUACAGUGGCAGCAGCAGCGUUGGUGGUGGCGGCGGCGGCGCAUCGAUCCGCAACCCCGUGUGUGUGAGUGCAGUGUACCUAUAUGGUAUAGUGGUAUAAUACUAUAUCUCGACAACGCAGCAGCAGCAGCAGCUCGUGCAUAGGAGCGUUGUGUGUAUCGUUAUAUAUACGAGAUAAGAUCCGAGAGUCUAAACUGCAACGACUACUAUUACUACCACUACUACUGCUACGCUGGAUAUAGUGGCUACUUCUACCACUACCACCAUAUAACAUCCAGGGCUAUAUACGCGCGGAUCUUCCGGACUGCAGCAGCGCACAAACGCAAUUAUCGUAUACCGAGUGCGUGCAUAUAGGAGCGCGCUGACAGCCACUAAUGUAGGAUAUAUAUAGCAUCAACAACAGAAUUCGAUAUAAAUAAUUUAUUACGUAAGAGAAUUCGGAGUGAACGUGAUAUAUAUAUCAGUGCAGCAGUAAGUGUGUAACAGUGUGUGUGUAUAAGAUCCUGAUUACAGUAGCUCGAUCCCGCUCGCAGCAACUGUGUGUGUAUAUGUGUGUUGAAACGCGUUUGUGGAAAGAAUAAACGCGACGAGCCACCACACCGGUCGCGCAGGGGUGGCGAGACAGAGAGAAAAAGAGAGAGAGAGCGAAUCGAUGCUUUUGCGAAAAAUAAUCGUCAUCGGCCUCCGCCAAGAGGAAGGCAGAAGAAUCACGACCGUAAUCUAUCCAAGAGUCAAAGAAUAACAAGAAAAGGAAGAAUAAAUCGUACACCCUAGAUCACGCUUGCGAUCCAAGAACGCAAGAACUGUAAAAAUAAUAAGCAGAAAAAGCUCGGCGGCAUAAAAUCAUCGUCGUCAUGAGAUCCACCAAAGCAACGACCAAGUCGGGCUUGGCGGCGGCUAUGCUCCUCUUGCUGCUGCUGCUCGGCGUGAAUCUCAGCGAGCAGCAAGAGGAGGACAUACCACACGGAGAGGUGAGGAACUGGGCCCUGAAGUUCGGAGUCGAUCUCUGGGAGUUCGGCCGACAGAUCACCAAGAUGAGCGAGAUUCAGAGAAAAUACAAGAGCACCAACUCGGCGGUACUGAAGAAGGACGGCCUGGUGCUCGUGCGCGAGAUGGCAGCCGAGGUCAAGAACAUGAUGGACUUCAAAAUGAACGCGGUCAUGAAACUAAUGGAGAACGCCGAGCAAGCGGCCGUGUCCAUCGGCCGUGGCGCAGCGAGCUCCGACUCGGCCAACGGACCGACCUCGUCCGCGUCGACGACGAGUCCGCCCAAGUACUACGCCAGCGAGCGCAUCAAUCUGUUCAGCGACGAUGGUAAGCUCAAUCCGGGCGCACGCGAGAUGUAUCUCACGGCCAAUCGCCACUUCGACCACAUCGCCGUGAAUCUGAGCCUGUCGGCCGUCCUCACCACGCCGGCCGUCAAGGAUACCGACGCUGAGGUGGCCUCGGCGCUGCAAUGGAGCGAGUACCUCGACCCGCUAUUCGUCAACAAUUACGAGAGCGACCCGAGCCUCUCCUGGCAGUACUUCGGCUCCACCACCGGCUUCCUGCGACGCUUUCCCGCGAUAUCGUGGCCACCGGUCGACACGUCCCCGGUGCAGAACGGGCCCGUGCAGGUGCGCGACGUCGACGACUUCCGUCUCUCCGACUGGUUCGUCGGUGGCGCCACCUCGCCCAAGGACCUGGCGAUCCUCGUCGACGGCAGCAGUCUGUCGUCCUCGAAGCAGCGAGGCUUGAUCCUGGCCACCGUCAACGCCGUGCUGGACAGCCUCGGGCCCGACGACUACGUCAACGUCUAUCGUUUUGGCGACACGGCCGAGGAGAUAGUGCGCUGCUUCAAGGACAGCAUGUUGGCGGCCUCGCCCGACAACGUCAAGGAGUUCAAGCAGGCGCUGGCCCAGCUGAAGCCCGAGUCGCCGGCCAAUCUGGCCAACGCCAUGAGCGCCGCCUUCGAGAUACUGCACAAGUACAAUCGCUCGUCGCAGGGCAGCCAGUGCAAUCAGGCGAUCAUGCUGGUGACGGGCAACGGCGAUGCUCCGCCCGUAGAUCUCGUCAAGCGCUACAACUCGCCCCACAUGCCCGUGAGGAUAUUCGCGUAUCACGUCGGCGGUGGUAACAGCGACGAUCUCAAGUCCAUGUGUUGCAACAACAAAGGAUACUACGCGAGGAUCACCAACGCCGAUCAAGUGCGCGCCAAGGUGUUCGAGUACAUCAAGGUGCUGGCCCGGCCAAUGGUGCUCUAUCAGCGCGAUCAUCCCAUUCACUGGACGCCCGUUUACGUGGGUGGCAAAAGCAGCAGAUACGGACUGGAGGGUCAAGGCCAGCUCAUGACGUCGGUCACCGCGCCCAUAUUGGACCGCAGAAAUCACACGGAGAGGACGGCUAAUUUGCUGGGGAUCGUAGGUACGGACGUACCGAUCGAACAGAUUCAGAAACUCUUGCCGGCGCACAAGCUGGGAGUCAAUGGUUACUCGUUUUUGGUCGACAACAAUGGACGAGUCUUGUACCACCCGGAUCUGCGACCUCUGCCCGGAAAUCAAGACUACGAGGAAACGUUGAAGAGGAAAUACAUCAGCGUGGACCUGUCGGAAGUCGAGCUCUCGGAUUACGAGGGUCCGCUCUACUCGAUGAACAAUUCUCUGCUCCUGGACCUACGACGCGACAUGAUCGACCAGAAGGAGGGCGAAACCGAGUUCUCGGUGAAGAGCCACUACGACGAGAUGAGGCGGGUCAGCGUGCGCCGUCACAAUUACUUCUACGAGCCGAUCAAGGGCACGCCCUUCUCGCUGGGCCUCGUGCUGCCCGAGGGCUACGGCAUGUACGAGCUGCACGCCGAGCAGGAGAUAAGACACGCACACGGCAACGUGACGCAAUACUUCAAAGGCACCAACUGGAAGGUGCACCCCGACUGGACGUACUGCGAGUACUACUUCGAGUCGGACAAGUGGUUCGCCACGCCCGAGGAGCGGGUGCUGCACUUCCUCACCCAGGCCCACAAUCCGGGCUGGAAGUGGCGCUCGAUGAGGCCCAAGAGCCCCACGUCCCAUCAGAAGCCGGCCAACAAGCCCGACAAGGAUUCCUACUUUUGUGACAAGGGAUUGUUGCAAUCGUUGGUGCUGGACGCCUGGGCCACCGACGACUUCGACAAGAGGAGCGAAAAGUCCAUGCAGAAGGAGGAGAGCCCAAUUGCCAUACUGAUGGCUGUACUGCACAGCAAGGGCAAGGGUAGAUUCGACGUGGCGAGGAGCUUCAUCGCCACGAGGAGCGGCCUGCUGCGCUGGCACGAUCAUCAUCCCAACGACGACGUCCAGGAAGAACCUGAAUUCGCCGACACCUAUCGCAGAUCCAUGGACGCGACCUGGUACAAACGGGCCGUCGACCAGCACGCCGUCGAGCCCGAGAGUUUCGUCUUCAGCGUGCCCUUCGACGCUGCCGAGAAUCCGAGGCCUCUGGUGACGGCCACCCACGCGAUCUUCGUCGACGUCAAGGGCCACAAAGCACCGGCCGCUGUGGUUGGCAUACAGUUUCAGCACGCGUCCUUGGCGUCGCACUUCGUCAACGUCACGUCAGCUUGCUUCGGCAACAGCGGCUGCAAGAAGAACUGCGCCUCGGACGAGCUCGACUGCUACAUCCUCGACAACAACGGCUUCAUCAUCAUCAGCGAGAAGCACGAGCACACGGGCAAGUUCUUCGGCGAGAUCGACGGCACGAUCAUGGACUCGCUCGUCCAGGACAAGAUCUUUCGCAAGGUGGGCGUGACGGAUUAUCAGGGCAUCUGCUCGCCCCAGUCGGCCCACAUCUCGGCGGCCGGGGCGUCGCCGCCGCGAGGCGACUGCUACUCGUCGGCGAUCUCGUCGAUCUGGGGCUCGGUCACGCGACUCGCCUGGGCUUGGCUCGUCAGGCUCCAGCUGGCCGAGCUCUGGCAGCCGAUCUGGGCCACCCAAGCCGCUCGCUCUUACGCGUCCGAUUCCAAUAACAACGACGACGACGCCGGUGGCGGCGUGAUAUAUCCGGACCCGGAGUAUCCGCCCGAGGUGACGGACGAGGUGGUGAUCGAGAACGACAACGGCAAUGGCAACGGCAAUAAUAAUGGCAACGGAGCCUCGUAUCCGUCGGUGGUGCAGGAGUCCUCGACGCCGCCCACGCACUCGACGACAACGAACUUUCCCCCGCACAAGCUGCGAUUCUGCGAGAAGCACACCGAUCUCUACGUGCUGCAGCCCGACCGGCUCAACGCCAGCGGCCAGGGCAAUCCGCUCAAGGGCAAGCUCACCAAUUGCCACAUGUCCGGCUGCGAGAGGCCGUUCAGCGUGCAGAAGAUCAGCUACACGAAUCUCAUACUCCUCGUGAUAGACACCCUCUGCCCGUGCGGCAACAAGAAGCUCAGCAUCAGGCCGUACGAGGCGAUGAUCGAGCCCGGCGCCUGCACGGCCCGGCGCGAGCGUCUCUAUCGGCGCCGGCCCGGCAAGUGCAUCAAUUACCAUCCGGAGGAGCUCGAGAUCAAGGUGUGCGGCUCGGCGCCGAGAGCAGCGGCCGGCCUCGCGUCGUCCCUGCUGCUGCUGCUGCUUACCGUAGUUCUGACGGCCUCCUCCUCCUCGACGUGACUCGACGGCCGUUUUUAAAGCGGAGAAAAGCGUCGCCCCGUCGUGCGGUGCGUGAGUCAUAAGUAAUAGUCGCUAAUAAUUAUACAUAAAGAAAAGAAAAAAAUACAUACACUUUAUAUUUACGAUAUUAUGCGCUGGUAUCGAAGGUACGCCGCCUGUAUAUAUACAAAUCAUUUUAACGUUCUUUUUUGUAUAUGGAUGAAAAAUACGCAGCUGGAAUUUAAUUAUUGAUAAAAAAAAGGAAGAAGAAAGAAUGAAGGACUGAGCAAGUGCCGUGAAUCAUGUAGUGGUUUUUUUUUUACAUAAAGUAAGGCAGAAUGUGCUCUUGAGAGAGAGAGAGAGAGAAGAUGAGCGAGGGAAGCAAAGAGAAGAAUGAUAAUUGUUUAGAGGAAAAUCAUUAGGACAAUUUUAUACCUACGCUGUCGCGAGCAGCCAUGUCGUAGACUAUCUAGAAUUAUACUACGUAUAAAAGUAAUAGCUUGGAAGCUCAUAUUUGAUCUUCGAAUGUAUAAUAAUAAUGAAAAAAAAAUGAUCAUAAAUAAGCGAUAUUCCAGCUGCGUAGUUGGGAGAGGAGAGGAGGCAAAAAAUAGCUGUAAGGCACUUACGCAAAUUGAUCGGCCUCGUGCGUACAUCAUUGUUAUUAUACAACGUUACUCGAGGGUGCAAGAGUAAUUUCUCCCUUUUUUUUUUGUUUCAAUUUUGAAAAUUAUAAUAAUUAUAAAAAAUAAAACAAUUGCGAAGCAAUAGAAUCAUGAACGAAGAAACAAAAUAACCCCACGUGGUUUAAAAAAAA